GAGAUUGAGAGAGGAUGGAAUUGGAGGAGAAUAGUAUAGAAAUAGACAAGAAAAGGGAAAUGAAAUUGAGACAACCACUUCUUGUGAAGAACAGGAGAAACCACACCUCUCAGCAUGCCAUUGUUGGUGCCAAUAUCUGCCCCAUUGAAAGCCUGGACUAUGAAAUCAUCGAGAAUGAUCUUUUUAAGCAGGACUGGAGGUCUAGAACGAGGGUUGAGAUCCUUCAGUAUGUUUCCCUCAAAUGGACACUUGUGCUCCUUAUUGGGCUAAGCACUGGGUUAGUUGGGUUUUUCAAUAACCUAGCUGUAGAGAACAUAGCUGGUUUCAAACUUUUUCUUACCAACAACCUCAUGCUUCAGGAAAAGUAUUAUCAGGCAUUUGCAGCAUUCGCUUGUUGUAACAUGGUCUUGGCUGCUGUUGCUGCUGCUCUUUGUGCCUAUAUUUCCCCUGCAGCAGCAGGCUCUGGCAUACCUGAGGUUAAAGCAUAUCUCAAUGGUGUAGAUGCUCAUUCUAUAUUGGCUCCAAGUACUCUCUUUGUAAAGAUUUUUGGUUCUGUAUUUGGAGUAGCUGCUGGGUUUGUAGUGGGUAAGGAAGGACCUAUGGUACACACUGGUGCUUGCAUAGCCUCUUUGUUUGGACAGGGUGGCUCUCGCAAGUAUCAUUUGACCUGGAAAUGUCUCAGGUACUUCAAAAAUGACCGGGACCGACGGGAUCUGAUUACCUGUGGUGCUGCGGCUGGUGUUGCAGCUGCCUUCUGUGCUCCAGUUGGCGGUGUCCUUUUUGCACUAGAAGAAGCAGCUUCAUGGUGGAGGAGUGCUCUUCUUUGGAGGACAUUUUUCACAACAGCUGUUGUAGCAGUAUUGCUAAGAGGUUUCAUAGAAUUUUGCAAGGGUGGUAAAUGUGGACUAUUUGGCGAAGGAGGCCUUAUCAUGUUUGAUGUCAAUUCAGCAAAGGUGGCCUAUAGCAGCACUGAUCUACUGGCAGUCAUAUCCGUUGGAGCCAUUGGAGGCAUUUUGGGAAGCCUUUACAAUUUCCUUGUGGACAAAGUCCUUCGAACGUAUAGCAUCAUAAAUAAGAGAGGUCCUUCAUGUAAAAUUUUGCUCGUCGUUACCAUUUCCCUUUUGACUUCUUGUUGCUCUUACGGCCUCCCAUGGCUUUCGCCGUGCAUUCCUUGUCCCCGUCGCCUGGAGGACCACUGCCCCACCAUAGGUCGCUCUGGAAACUACAAGAAUUUCCAGUGUCCACCUAAGCACUACAAUGGCCUCGCCUCACUCUUUUUCAGUACCAAUGAUGAUGCUAUCCGCAAAGUUUUAAGCUCUAGCUCUGAUGGGGAGUUCCACCUCUCCACUCUGUUUGGUUUCUUUGUUGCGGUCUACUGCCUGGGCAUUGUCACUUAUGGUAUUGCUGUUCCCUCUGGUCUCUUCAUCCCUGUUAUACUUGCUGGGUCCUCCUAUGGGCGCCUUGUCGGGACUCUCCUUGGUUCUCACUGUGAACUUGAUGCGGGUCUCUUUUCCCUCCUUGGAGCCGCCUCCUUCCUUGGUGGCACCAUGAGAACAACUGUUUCUCUUUGUGUCAUACUUCUUGAGCUUACUAAUAAUCUUCUGAUGCUUCCACUAAUGAUGUUAGUUCUCCUAAUUUCGAAAAGUGUGGCUGAUUGUUUCAACAAGGGUGUCUAUGACCAAAUUGUGAAGAUGAAGGGAUUGCCUUAUAUGGAGGCGCAUUCAGAACCAUACAUGAGACACUUGGUUGCAAGUGAUGUUCUCUCCGGUCCCUUGGUUUCAUUUUCUGGGGUGGAGAAAGUGGGGAAUAUACUGCAUGCACUCAAAACAAGAGCACAUAAUGGGUUCCCUGUGAUUGAUGAGCCACCUUUCUCAAAUGCUGCAGAGCUGUGUGGGCUGGUUUUGAGAUCUCAUUUACUUGUGUUGCUUAAAGAAAAGAAAUUUACAAAACUCAGGGUGUUGAUGGGAUCAGCAGAUAUUAUGGAUAGACUCAAAGCACAUGAUUUUGGAAAGGCAGGAUUAGGCAAGGGGGUUAGGCUGGAGGAUUUGGACAUUGAGGAGGAAGAGAUGGAGAUGUAUAUUGAUCUCCAUCCCAUUGCUAAUACCUCCCCAUACACUGUAGUUGAAACAAUGUCCCUAGCUAAAGCUGCCAUUUUCUUUCGGGAACUUGGCCUAAGGCACUUGCUGGUGGUGCCCAAGACACCAGGGAAGCCUCCAGUUGUUGGAAUCUUGACAAGGCACGACUUCAUGGCAGAGCACAUAUUGGGACUCUACCCGCACUUCAAUCCCCAUGACUAAAAAAUGCGAUCGAAGUAAUUCUUUAGUAGUUAUGAAUACUCCUUCAAACCAAGUUCAAUUGAGACUAGAGGCACUUGAAGUUUCAAAACUGUGGGUGGUCCUUGAGAGUUCUGAGCACUUCAGUCAUCAUCUUCGGGGCGGCUCAGUGGUUUCAAGACGUGUGUUAUCCUUCCUCAAGGUUCACUCUGGAGCUUGCUGUGUUCUCUAAUUUGGGUUCUUCCGCAACCUUACUAAAUUGUCAAACUCAACAAGUAACCCUGUCCAGAUGCGUGCAGUACAUAUUUAUUUGAUGAAUGUCUUUUGAAGGAGCAUGUAAUCCUUGAUUUAUGUAGAGCAU